AUGUACAAUCCAGUUAACGUACUGCUAUUAUCCGUUUCUGAAAAGAUUGGAUUAGAUGCAUUCAUAUUAAAGUAUGCAUUGUGUUUAUUGGGAUCAUUCUCAUUUAAUACAGUUUUAAAAAGGCUACCGGAUGAUAAAAUCAAUGUUAAAUGCCUAUAUAUAUUAGCCGUGUCUUUAUUUUACCUUUUUGGUUUACUGAACCUCUAUAGUGGAUUUCGUACGUUAUUAAUAAGUACGAUGUUUACGUAUACAAUCACAAAGUUUUACAAAUCAAAAUUCAUGCCAUACGUCAACUUUGCUGUCGUUAUGGGUCAUUUAGCUGUCAACCAUCUAUACGCUCAAAUUUACAAUGUUCAAGAGUCUGAAACAAUUGAUAUCACUGGAUCACAAAUGGUUCUAGUAAUGAAAUUGACUUCUUUUGCUUGGUCAUACUACGAUGGUAGUUUAACUUCAAAGGAAGAUUUUGAAUCUCUAUCUGAUUUUCAAAAGACACAAGCAGUUAGGCAGCAUCCACCAUUGCUGAAUUUCUUGGCGUAUUCUUUUUUCUAUCCAUCACUAUUAACAGGGCCAAGUUUUGAUUAUACUGAUUUCGACAGUUGGUUGAAUUGUGAAAUUUUUAAAGAUUUACCUGAAUCAAAGAAACCAAAAAGAAGAUUGCAUCCUGAUAAGAGAAGACAGAUUCCUAAGAAUGGUAAGUUGGUAUUUUUUAAAGUCUUACAAGGUUUAGCAUGGAUGGCGUUGAGUGUCUUAGGUCCAAUCUACUUUAAAAUCGAUUAUAUGUCUAACAAAGCCCAGUUCUUGGAGCAUUCUUUUAUCUACCGAAUCCAUUAUAUGUAUUUAGUGGGAUUAAUUUACAGAUUUAAAUACUAUGCAGCAUGGACUAUUUCAGAGGCUUCUUGUAUUUCAUGUGGAUUAGGAUACAAUGGUUACGAUAGUAAGAAACAUGUUAUAAAAUGGAAUCGUGUUCAAAAUAUCGAUAUUCCUGGUGUUGAAUUUGCUCAAAACACACACGAUUCAUUAGAGGCAUGGAACAUGAAUACAAAUAAAUGGCUGAAAAAUUCUGUUUACUUAAGAGUCAGCAAAAAAGGCAAAAAACCUGGAUUUCGCUCUACUUUAUUCACCUUCUUGACUUCAGCUUUCUGGCAUGGGUCAAGGCCCGGCUAUUAUUUGACAUUUGCGACAGGUGCGUUUUAUCAAACCUGUGGAAGAUAUUAUAGACGUCACUUGAGACCAAUGUUUUUAGAAAAAGAUGGUAAGACUCCAAGAAAAUCGAAAAUCAUAUAUGAUUUUAUUUGUUUUUAUGUAAUCAAAUUAGCAUUCGGCUACAUGGUUCAGCCAUUCGUUUUCUUGGACUUAAAAAAAUCUAUUGAGGCAUGGAGUACUGUAUAUUUUUAUAUACACAUUUGUGUUUUCAUAACCUUUAUUCUAUUCAUGGGGCCAUUUUCGAAACAAGUUAUUCAAUUUUGUAAGAGUAAACAACCAAAAGCAAUUGUCAUUAAAGAAAACAAGAAAUUUGAAGACGAAUUAUCAGCCAGUGCUGGUUCUCUAAGUGACAUUAUUAAAGAUAAAACAGAAUAUGAAGAAAAGGAAAAAAGCAUGGAACCUGGAAUCCCUCAUAUUGAUUUAUCUGAAUGGGAAUGGGUCGAUGUUAAAGAAGACUGGGAUUUAUUUGUCGAAGAAUACAAAGCAUGGAGAGAUAAUAAUGGUUUAGAAGUAGAGGAACAAAAUUUAAAGAGAGCAUUUACCAAAUUCAUGGAAGAAGUCAAAGACGUUUCUGUUCCUGUGCCAAAUAAAGAGCGUAGAUUGAGCUUUAGUGCAUACUUACCAAAAACUACAUCUAAAGACGAAUAG